UGUCGAGACUUUGCUGUGCUGGAGGACCACUGCCUGGCCCAUAACCUCCAGGAGCAGGAAAGUAAGUAUACUACCACCACACCUCAGGCUGACCUGGAGUCAGCUUCUCCCUCCCAUCCCUUAUGGUUUCAGGUUGUCCUGGCUGUUACCAAAGCAGCGCUCUCAGGGCAACAGAGAACAGACCCUAUUUCGAAUGUGUCAGGCAAAGGCUGAGUGCUUUGGGCUGGGAUCUGUUCAGGGCAUUAUUUUCCUUUAAAUCUGGAUGCAGACAGUCUGCUUCAUGCACAGUAAACUUCCUCCAUUGAAGUCUCAUUUACGUCAAAGCAAUUACAAGAUCUUUUCUAUAAUAGCCCCAACUAUUUUAUGCAAACUGCUCCUCCAGUCUAGAAAGAGCACUUUGAGAUUCCUUUGCAGCAUAUUUCAUAAAGUAUUCCAAGCUCCCAUUUUGUCUUCUUUACGAUAAUACAGACUAUCAAACAUUUUCCACACAUUUAGAAUUUAGAAAGGUCUAAUGAAUCCACACAUUUUCCCUCCGAAAAUCGGUCAUGUCUGACAACGUAAACCACAGCGUCAGCGGAAGCGGGCAGGAAGCAGCCAUAAAACACGAGCAUAGCAACUGAGUGCGCUUCUCCCAGCAGGCUGGCACUGCAGGACUCCUGCUAGGCUGCAACCACAGCAUUAGCACAUUGGGGCUGUGGUGUGUGUUAGUGGGCUGGGCGUUUGCUCACUGUGUCUGGAUCACAUUAAUGCCCAUCUACUGUAGGACAACAACAAAUUCCAGUCUGGUCUCUCUGUCAGACUGGUCUAGUCUGGGUGGACGUUAGGCCAGCACAAUCAGAUGAGCAGGGAUUGUGAUGUCAUCGGGGAAACGCCUCAUCUGCUUCAAUUACUCAGACGCGGGAAGUACAGGAGCAUCAUGGCAAAAACUGAAAGACUGGCCAAUAGUUUCUACCCUCAGACCAGGCUGCUGAAUAGCCACCACUAAUCAGCUACCUGCUCCCCCCUCCCCCUAUGGACAUUCCCCACGCUACUCCCCCCACCCCAUACACACACACACACACACCCUCAACUCUCACUUACCUUACCUGCCUCUCCCCCUAUGGACAGUCUUUCUCCUGCUGCCUCCUCCCCUUCUAGUCCCCCUAUGGACAUUCCACCCCCACCCUCCCCCCAGCGGACUUUACUCUGCCCCCACCCCAACAACAUUCAUCACUGUUGCAGUUGUUAAUAUGUACAGUACCAGUCAAACGUUUGGACACACCUACUCAUUCAAGGGUUUUUCCUUAUUUUUACUAUUUUCUACGUUGUAGAAUAAUAGUGAAGACAUCAAAACUAUGAAAUAACACAUAUGGAAUCAUGUAGUAACCAAAAAAGUGUUAAACAAAUCAAAAUAUAUUUUAGAUUCUUCAAAGUAGCCACCCUUUGCCUUGAUGACAGCUUUGCACACUCUUGGCAUUCUCUCAACCAGCUUCAUGAGGUAGUCACCUGGAAUGCAUUUCAAUUAACAGGUUUGCCUUCUUAAAAGUUAAUUGGUGGAAUUUAUUUCCUUCUUAAUGCAUUUGAGCCAAUCAGUUGUGUUGCUUGAAGCUUAAGAUUUUCACUGUACCCUGCAAUCACACCUGCAACCCUGUACAUGUGACUAUUAAACAAUCUGAAUCUCAAAGAUUCUACGAUUUUUCCUGAGAAACCUGUGUGUGUCUGUGGUGUUUGUAUCCCUGGAUUAGGCUAAUUCUUGUCUGCAUCUUUGUGUUUUUAGAUGAACGUGUCAUCUUUGCCAUGUCAGUGUCUUUGUGUCUGCCUGUGGGUGUGUACUUGUCUGUGUGUGUCUAAUCAUAAUUGGGUUGUAAAUGUGUGCCGUUCAUCUUUCGGUGACGCCCCUUUUCACACAGUUUCACUCAAAGCCUAGGUUUCUGUCAUGGACGUCUAUCUUACUGUAAGCACUAUCAUUGGCUGCCUCCCAGUAUUCCUUAGGCCCUGAGGUCAAAAAGUCACUCUUCCCAGAAUAGGUUAAAGCCCAGGCCAGACAUAACUUCUUCUUCCUACUUACACAAAUAAACAUUAUCCCCCAGAUGGCCAGGGGUUACAGCAUAAGCCCUCGUAUCCCUCAGUAGAGCUGGGCAAUAUGGACAAAAAUCCAUAUUGGGAUAAAUUGCCUGAAUUGAUGCGCUAACGAUAAAUAGAACGAUACGUUUAUAACAAUGUGCACCACAGUUUAAAACAUAAUAUCCUUUAAAGUCCAGACCGGCCUGCUCAUUAGGCAGGAUUAGGCGGCCGCAGAUAUAGUAUAUGGUAGAAAGAGUAUGUGGCCUUUUCUGUAGCCUACAGGCUGGAGAUAAAAUGUAUGACAAUGUAAUGAGACUGAAACUUUUUACAUCAUGCAGGUUUCGCCGAUCAAAUAGCUUAACCUAUAUGGCACCCAAUCAAAUAACAAAUGCGCUGACAUAUUAACAAACAACAUAUCCUAAAAACAGGACAGGUCAAAGUAAAAUGGACAAUAUGGAAUUGACAGUCAGGCUACUCACAAUUGCUGUCCAGGAGUUUCAUCCGAUGGGCUAAGUUGUCAUGAUCAGCGGUUUCAAGUUUGUAUCCGUAUAUUUUUUAUGAGCUGAUCAUAGCGAAAAUGAAAAUGUUUCUUAAUUUCUCGCUGUGUAAACGCAUUACAAAAAGGCUCAGGAUAACUGAUAUUCAGCCAAUUUGAUUAGUCUCAGGAAUCAGGACUAAUAAAGCCAUAUGCAACGGCCCGUUUUACAAACGGUGGGCCUAAUAUGGAUGGGCAUUCAUCAAAUUAUAUUGCAGGCCGACCAAGGUAUGCUACACCCCAGUAAGCACGGACCAUAGGCAAUGUCUUUUGGAUGUCUUUUUUUUACCACAUACAGUGUGGGAAAAAAGUAUUUGAUCCCCUGCUGAUUUUGUACGUUUGCCCACUGACAAAGACAUGAUCAGUCUAUAAUUUUAAUGGUAGGUUUAUUUGAACAGUGAGAGACAGAAUAACAACAAAAAACUCAUGUCAAAAAUGUUAUAAAUUGAUUUGCAUUUUAAUGAGGGAAAUAAGUAUUUGACCCCUCUGCAAAACAUGACUUAGUACUUGGUGGCAAAACCCUUGUUGGCAAUCACAGAGGUCAGACGUUUCUUGUAGUUGGCCACCAGGACCUUUAAUGUGCUUCUUCUUGAGCCACUCCUUUGUUGCCUUGGCCGUGUGUUUUGGGUCAUUGUCAUGCUGAAAUACCCAUCCACGACCCAUUUUCAAUGCCCUGGCUGAGGGAAGGAGGUUCUCACCCAAGAUUUGACGGUACAUGGCCCCGUCCAUCGUCCCUUUGAUGCGGUGAAGUUGUCCUGUCCCCUUAGCAGAAAAACACCCCCAAAGCAUAAUGUUUCCACCUCCAUGUUUGACGGUGGGGAGGGUGUUCUUGGGGUCAUAGGCAGCAUUCCUCCUCCUCCAAACACGUCGAGUUGAGUUGAUGCCAAAGAGCUUUAUUUUGGUCUCAUCUGACCACAACACUUUCACCCAGUUCACCUCUGAAUCAUUCAGAUGUUCAUUGGCAAACUUCAGACGCCCCUGUAUAUGUGCUUUCUUGAGCAGGAGGACCUUGCGGGCGCUGCAGGAUUUCAGUCCUUCACGGCGUAGUGUGUUACCAAUUGUUUUCUUGGUGACUAUGGUCCCAGCUGCCUUGAGAUCAUUGACAAGAUCCUCCCGUGUAGUUCUGGGCUGAUUCCUCACCGUUCUCAUGAUCAUUGGAACUCCACGAGGUGAGAUCUUGCAUGGAGCUGCAGGCCGAGGGAGAUUGACAGGUCUUUUGUGAUUCUUCCAUUUGCGAAUAAUCGCACCAACUGUUGUCACCUUCUCACCAAGCUGCUUGGCGAUGGUCUUGUAGCCCAUUCCAGCCUUGUGUAGGUCUACAAUCUUGUCCCUGACAUCCUUGGGGAGCUCUUUGGUCUUGGCCAUGGUGGAGAGUUUGGAAUCUGAUUGAUUGAUUGCUUCUGUGGACAGGUGUCUUUUAUACAGGUAACAAGCUGAGAUUAGGAGCACUCCCUUUAAGAGUGUGCUCCUAAUCUCAGCUCGUUACCUGUAUAAAAGACACCUGGGAGCCAGAAAUAUUUCUGAUUGAGAGGGGGUCAAAUACUUAUUUCCCUCAUUAAAAUGCAAAUCAAUUUAUAACAUUUUUGACAUGCGUUUUUCUGGAUUCUGUUGUUGUUAUUCUGUCUCUCACUGUUCAAAUAAACCUACCAUUAAAAUUAUAGACUGAUCAUUUCUUUGUCAGUGGGCAAACGUACAAAAUCAGGAGGGGAUCAAAUACUUUUUUCCCUCACUGUAGAUGGCCAUUCCUACAUUUAAAUUUCAGGCGACACUGUAGGCCAGGGAUGGGCAACUCCAGUCCUCUGGGGACUGAUUGGUGUCACACUUUUGCCCCAGUUAACACGUCUGACACCAAUAAUCAACUAAUCAUGAUCUUCAGUUUAGAAUGCAAUUUAUUUGUUUUUUUGAGUCCGGACCAGACAUCUAUGUUUGGUUCAGAUUUUGUCCAUUCUGGAACAGCCUUGAUUUGGCCCAAACAUAGACAUCUAUAAAUUACUUAUUUUCAGCUUUCAUUGAACCUGAUUUCAACGUCCGGAAACUACGUGUUUUCAACGUCCGGAAACUACGUGUUUUCAACGUUUCUCUAGUAUAGGCUACUUAUCGUAAUGAACAUUAUAAGUGCGAUGCGUGAUCAAUAUGGUCAGUGUCGAUAAUUUACGGUUUAUCGUCCCAGCUCUAUCCCUCAGCCAUAACUAUUCACAUGAAAAGGCCAGGGAGAUUUAAGGUCUAUGAGUCUGGACCUCUGACUAUUUAGUUGGGAGCCCAUUGCUUUCCCACUGCCCUAGGAGGACAGAAUGUACCACUCUAGCGAUAAUGGCUUUCAAUCUGUAAAGUUGCUCAAAUCCAUGGCUUUUCAACACAAAGUUAACUUGUAAGAGAAAUACUACACAGGAUGAUAGGAGGUACAGUUCAGAGUAUCCAUCCAUACCUCUGAAUGUGAAGAGCCUAUGGAUUCUUUUUGGGUCUGUCCUUGUAUCAGUCUUCUACCCUCCACUGUCAUAGUGCAUCAUGACAUGGCGGGUCCCCUCUCUAACAGAGCAACAGUUCUGGUUUUAGCAGCCAGCCAGCAGUCAGUCUGCGUGGCCUUUGUCCUGGAGGUCACUGGGAAUUACUCUUACACAGCCUGGCUGUCCCCUAAAUGCACAGUGUCAUCCUCACUCUAAUCAACAGAUGUCUACUGCCCUACAACCAGCUCUGCUGAACCAAAACAUUUGGCAUGUUUGCAUCUGCUGUGAGAGGAAACAACGAUUAUUUUGACUCAAAAGUCCUCAGGGAGGGAUUGCUACAAGCAAGGUUUGGUUCACUCAACCGAAGAACUACUGAGUGCAUGGCUGUCACGGUAGGAUAUAGGACCACUCACAUAGGGCCUACUGCUUUAAAGCCCUGGUAGAACCGUCAAGCACCAGCAGACAUGAAUGGCCUUGGGUUGAGAUCAUAAAUAGGCUACAUUCUAAAAGCAUCCGUCAUGUUUCUUAACCCAGGCAGAAGCCAGAUGAGCAAGCUAGGCCUGACAUUGUCUCUCCAUCACAUUAGUCCUAUAAACUAGGGCUUUGUUAUGCCUCUGAAUGAUUUCCCUUUUCAUUGUCCAGCAUCACUGUCCCAUGCAUUAUUUGUCAUUGUCCAAUGCCAUCUGGCCCUCUUGGUUGCCAGCCACAGAGAACUGGUAGUCCAUACAGAAACUUCAUUUCCCAGACUUCUCUGUGUAUAGACUGAGGCUAGUUGUAGUGUCUUAGACCAGAUUGUGGCCCACUGAUUAGGAGGAUAUCAGACCAAGGUUGAGUUAACAAGAAACCUUUAUCCUGUGUUCUUAGAAAAAAAGAUGACAGCAAACCGUAAUUUGUUUUCCCCCGGAGAAAAAAAUAGCAUUGAACGUAACAAUAUAUUUUGUUCUCUGGCGUCGUAUGUUUGCCCUAAACAUUUUGCGAGGCACCGUAAACCCACCACACAAUCAAUCAGCAUUGUCCUCAAAUCGAUAUUUCAGUCUAUUGGUUUCCUAUCGCCAUGAUAUACUGCUUCCCAUCUUUGUCGUCUCGCAAUCUCGCCGCGGGAACUUCAUGGAGCAUCUCUUGUAAAUUGUGGUGUAAUUUGGUCCUUUUCACGUGAAACUUACGAGUGGAUCAAUAGCCAGUCCAGUGGAGCUGAAUGAGUAGCAAGGGAGUGAGUGAUGCUCCUUCACACGUUUUGGGCCGGGAGUGCGUCACCAAGGAUUUAGAGCCUGCCCUGUCCAGGUUUAUGGCCCUGUCUUGUCACAUGUAGCCACUCAGCCUUGGAAUGGCAGCUCCUCAUCAAGUUGAUCAAGUGGGCUAGUUCGUCAUAGCCAAGCUCAAUGAGUCAGGCCCAGUAACGUCAGGGCCGACGCGUCUGUGUUAUCCCCUCUCGUCUCAUCCAUAGAACUCUAAACAGCAAUUCUACUACUCAAAAUGUAUGUCCCAACUGUUUGCUAAAUAAACAUACUCUCAACUCCAAGUACUUGCUUCCCAGUCCUGCGGUUUAAAAGGCACCAAAACAAAUAAACCUGAGGGUUGUGAUUGAUGUCGUCCAUCUUGUUCCUCAGCGUUGCAGUUUCGCCAGAUGAACUGACUGAGGAUGUCCCAAAUGGCACCUUAUUCCCUACAUAGUGCACUACUUUUGACCAGAGUCCUAAAAGGGUGCUGUUUGGGAGGCAGCUUGUGAGAGUGAUUCAUGUUAAUGCCUUGAUUGUGUAAUAGUUCUGAGCAUGGUGUUUGUUGAUUUUGUCCUUGCAGUCGAGAGCCACUUGGCAUCCAACGUCCACAAGAGCCGUCUGGUGCAGCAGGACGUAGCAUUGGCCAAGCAGCUGCAGGAGGAGGAGGACCGGAGGGCCCAAGCCAAGGCCAAGAGACAGCACCGGGACAUGUGAGUGACACAGAUACUAUUAUGAACCUGGUCGUUUGGGUCUUGGAUGCUGAUUGGCUGAAAGCUGUGGUAUAGCAGACAUUAUAAACUGGGUGGUUCAAGCCCUGAAUGCUGAUUGGCUGACAGCCGUGGUAUACAGUGCAUUUGGAAAGUAUUCAGACCCCUUCACUUUUUCCACAAUUUGUUACGUUACAGCAUUAUUCUAAAAUUGAUUUGUUGUAUCCCUCAUCAAUCUACACACAAUACCCAAUAAUGACAAAAGCAAAAACAGGUUUUUAGAAAUGUUUGCAAAUUUAUUAAAAAUAAAAAGAAUUAUAUAACACAUUUACAUAAGUAUUCAGACCCUUUACUCAGUACUUUGUUGAAGCACCUUUGGCAGCGAUUACAGCCUCGAGUCUUCUUGGGUAUGACACUACAAGCUUGGCACACUUGUAUUUGGGGAGUUUCUCCCAUUCUUCUCUGCAGAUCCUCUCAAGCUCUGUCAGGUUGGAUGGGGAGCGUCGCUGCACAGCUAUUUUCAGGUCUCUCCAGAGAUGUUAGAUCGGGUUCAAGUCCGGGCUCUGGCUGGGCCACUCAAGGACAUUCAGAGACUUGUCCCGAAGCCACUCCUGCGUUGUCUUGGCUGUGUGCUUAGGGUCGUUGUCCUGUUGGAAGGUGAACUUUCACCGCAGUCUGAGGUCCUGAGCGCUCUGGAGCAGGUUUUCAUCAAGGAUCUUGCUGUACUUUGCUCCGUUCAUCUUUCCCUCAAUCCUGACUAGUCUCCCAGUCCCUGCCGCUGAAAAAACAUCCCCACAGCAUGAUGCUGCUGCCACCACCAUGCUUCACGUAGGGAUGGUGCCAGGUUUCCUCCAACCAGGCGAAACAGUUCAAUCUUGGUUUCUUGAGAGUUCUUUAGUCCUCCAGGUGGGCUGUCAUGUGCCUUUUACUGAGGAGUUUCUUCCUUCUGGCCACUCUACCAUAAAGGCCUGAUUGGUGGAGUGCUGCAGAGAUGGUUGUCCUGAGGUCUACGGACAAUUCCCUCAACCUCAUGGCUUGGUUUCUGCUCUGACAUGCACUGUCAACUGUGGGACCUUAUAUAGACAGGUGUGUGCCUUUCCAAAUCAUGUCCAAUCAAUUGAAUUUACCACAGGUGGACUACAAUGGAUGAUCAAUGGAAACAGGAUACACCUGAGCUCCAUUUCGAGUCUCAUAGCAAAUGGUCUGAAUACUUGUGUAAAUAAGUUAUUUCUGUUUUUUUGCAAACAUUUCUAAAAAUCUGUUUUCGCUUUGUCAUUAUGGGGUAUUGUAUGUAGAUUGAUGAGGAAAUGUUUUUCGUUAAUCAAUUUUAGAAUAAGGCUGUAACGUAACAAAAUGUAGAAAAAGGGAAGGGGUCUGAAUACUUUCCGACUGCACUGUAUAUCAGACCGUAUACCAAGGGUAUGACAAAACAUUUAUUUUUACUAGCAAUAAGGCACCUCAGGGGUUUGUGGUAUAUGGCCAAUAUACCACGGCUAAGGGCUGUAUCCAGGCACUCCGCGUUGCGUUGUUCUUAAGAACAGCCCUUCAUGCCUCAUUGCUUAAAUAUGCCACUCCCCCUCGGGCCUUAUUGCUUAAUUAUACACUUCAUUCUACCACAGACUCUCUACUAUGACCAUAACACAGCAGCAGACAUUUGGGUGUCAGAUGUACAACACACUCGCAUCCACACAAACAUUUAGUUCACUACUGCCAUCUUAACCUAACCAAAGGUUCUAGAGACACUCAUAGAUAACCAUGAUCUAACCCACACCUUAACUCAAGUCAUAGAUGGCACAGGUACAUAUGAGUCACACACAUACUGUGUUAUGCACACCAUGACAUUAUGCUCAACACCCUACCACCGCCCAACACAACAGCCACAUUUAGGGUGUCAGAUGUGGAAGAAAGUGCUCCACUUUUUUUCGCCAAAUAUGCUGGCUCACGUCGCAGUGAAAGUUGUGCUCCAAAGUCAGCCUUCCUCACACGCUCGCUAGCAGCAGGGCAGCGCCCCCAAGAGAGAGGCCAGAUGCUCUGCCGCCCAUACAGCCCGGCUAAUGCUGCUUGGCAUGCUGGGAGCUCCCGCUGCCAUCUUCUCUGCCCUUGCCCAGUGUGUUUUUCUUUAUUUCUUUAUUUCUCUCUCUCUCUCUCGUUCUCUCGUUCUCUCUCUCUCGUUCUCUCUCUCUCUCGUUCUCUCGUUCUCUCUCUCGUUCUCUCUCUCUCUCUCUCUCUCGUUCUCUCUCUCUCUCUCGUUCUCUCUCUCUCUCUCGUUCUCUCUCUCUCUCUCUCUCGUUCUCUCUCUCUCUCUCUCUCGUUCUCUCUCGUUCUCUCUCUCUCUCUCUCUCGUUCUCUCUCUCUCUCUCUCUCUCUCUCUCUCCCUCCCUCACACAUGCACUCUAGACACAAACACAUUUUAAUAUUGUAGUACUGUACAUUUCAUAUUGUUUUAUUUUUCAUUUAGGCUGUUUUGUAGGGAUGUGGGAUAAAAUCGAUACAGUUACAUAACGGGAUAUUAUUUUAGACAAUAUUUUUGCAAUAGUUGGCUGUACCUUCACCAAAACUCUAGUAUUUUUAUUUCAUAGUUUGUUCUUCAUUUUCUUUUAAAAUAGGGAGACAAUUUUAUUGUAUUUUAUUUCCAUAACAAAUCAAAACUAGUUUUCUCAUGGCUCUCUCUUGUCCCUCUGCAGCAGACAUAUGGUGAGCAAUAUGUUUGGAACAUCGAAUCGCAAUAAAAUCACAGUAUCGAAUCACAAUACAUAUAGAAUUGUGCGAUUUCAAGUAGGGUACCUGAAUUCAAAUAGGAGCCAUUUGCUGAAAUUCAAAUGGAAGUCUAUUAAUUUUGGCAAUGCACUCAUACUGUUGUUAUUGGCAAUCUCCACUGUUUUAAAAGGACCAGGCAUUAUAAAACUGAAAAUAAAUAGCAUACAUAUUUGCAUAUUGGCAUAUUCUUCCUAAUAAUCACAGUCAGCUCGGAUAUGAUCAGGCUGAGUCUCAGAUGCUGUGCUUCUGAAUCUGUCAGCUGACAACACACACACCCAGGUCGUUGGAGUGGAGGCUAUAUGCGUGACGGAUCGGUAGCGAGACGUCCCAUCUGCCUAAUCUCUGACCCGUUAUAGUCUGCCCUGGCACCCUGAGCCAACCCUUCUACAGUUCAAUGCAUCAACUAUCACAGCCAGAAUGUAUUAGCCUAGCUAUCACAAAUACAGUGUGAUAAGACGUCUAUCACAACUUUAUUACACUGGAUAAAUCUGUUUCGUAACAUGAAGAGACCAAAAGGAAGAAGACUGAAACAGGGAGGGACUACUUGAACUCUGCCAAUAAGAAAUACAGAAAGAGGGAUAUGCUAUCGAGUUAGCGCUUGAUUAGUCAAUCAAAUGUAUUUAUAAAGCCCUUUUUACAUCAGCAAAUGUCACAAAGUGCUUAUACAGAAACCCAGCCUAAAACUCCAAACAGCAAGUAAUGCAGAUGAAGAAGCACUAACAUCCUGGUAGCACUAGCAUCCUUGUUGUGUUCUGUGAAAGCCCUUGUUAUUGCCACUAGUGUUAUGGAGUGGUGUAGUAUGGAUAAGAUGCAAAUAGGCCUACUAUCCAUACAAUAACUUUGGGCAGGCUACAGGUUUUGGGGUAGUUGACUGUUCUGUUUCUGCUUCUAAUGUUUUGUCUCCUCUUGUUUGGCUUCUUAACUCCCGACACACACACACACACACACACACACACACACACCCCUAGUGAGCGCAGCGACAAUGAGAUUGCCCAGGAGAUUCAGGAGGAAUUGGUGCGACAGGCGGAGCAGCAGCGCAAGCAGGAGGAGAAGGAUGCGGUAAGUGACACUAUACCACCCACACCCAAUCAACAGCUCCGGGGUGAAGUUUCCCCUAGGUACAGAUCUAGGAUCAGCUUCCCCUUCCCCAAUCCUAACCAGAACCAUUACUGGGGAAAAUGCUAAACUUACCCAAGAUCAGGGUCUAGGGGCAACUUCACCCUAAACCCAAUCAACAUGGGUGUACCUCCUCUACCCUACCACUACUGUAGGAGCGAUGGGUCACCAUGGGCGGGUCACCUGAUUGGGCUAUUCAAAUCCACUACUAGUAUUACACCCUGUACUUGUUUAUUCAACUUUAGCGUUAGAAAUGAAUGUCUAGCCCAAUGGUGAUCUCAUUAUUGCUCUAUUGGCACCCGACCUGGGUUCAAAUACUAUUUUGAAUCAUUUGAAAUACUUUGUAUGUGCUUGAUAGAGCUUACCUGGUUCAAUGGAACCAAUAGAACUGUCCCAAAACAUCAAACCACUAGCCCAGGCAGGCUAAAGCAAAUGCUAAAAGUAUUAAAAGGUUUAAAAUAGGCUAGUAUUUGAAUCCAGGUCUGAUUGAUUGGCACUGUGCAUAUACAGGGCCAUACUACUGAUUCCUCAUAGGCUACUUUUUAAAUUGUAAUCCUCAGUGAAAAACCGCUCAUCUCUGUGAGAAAUCCAGGAUAGAAAUAACAAGCGAGGUGUCAGCAGUUUGAAGUGGUUUGUUUAUUAAUGUGUGUGUGUGUUUGUCUGCGCUCGCGCGUCUGUGUGUGCGUGCCUGUGUGUCUGUCUGUGUGUCUGUGCGUGUGUUUCCAGGCCAUCGCUCGUAAGCUGCAGGAGAAGGAGAUGAAGGAGGAGAGGAAGAGACAGAAGCAGCUGGAGGCCAACUUUGAGGAGGAGUACUACGAGGAUAAAGGAGGUGGGUCUAGCGCCCCCUGUCUGUGUCUCAAGGAUCUAGGAUUCUAUUCCUCUGUUGUUGGAGGGAGGGAUAUGGUUGGGGUGGGAGUGUCUGGGUACAUCACACAUGCAUGCAUGCGUGUGUGGUGGGGUGGGUGGGUUAUGGCGAGGGGUGAAUUGGAAAGUUCAUACAGUGCGUCAUAUAGUAGUGUGUUCUUGGUUAGGGAUGGAGAUGCAUGGCGUGUGUGUGGAGUGGUGCGUGCGUUAGAGUAGGGUUGAUUUUAGGUCGAGGAUUUAGGAGGGCUGUUUCAAGCACAUAGUUGACCUUGAGGGAGAGUGUGCGUACUGCGUAGAUGCUAAGGUAAAAAGGAGUCGUUUGUCAUCGCUCUCUCGCUCUCUCUCUCUCUCUCUCUCUCUCUCUCUCUUGCACACACACAGAGUGGUUUUGCUCCUUAGUGAGCUGAGACAGUGUUUUGCAGGGCUGCGAGAACAGCUUUGACUUCACUGCAGCAAUAAGGCUCCAUCUUAAACAGUUAGAAGCUUGCCUACUGUCAGAAUAACCAAACAACUUUAAGGAGCCUUUUGGCAGUUAAUGUUUCUUUCAUAGUCGGUUCCAGCCUCCCCAUCCCCCUGCCUUAAAACAGUAAGACAUUUGUCGUUAAUAAUUGUAAUAUGUCUCAUUGGAAAGUGGUGGGCAUUAGGCAUUUUACCUUAUUCACUGAGCCCUUGCUGGGGUAGAAGGUAGAAGCUCUUUCAGGCCUCACUGCUAGAGGCACAGGUAUGUGUAUGGAUGAGCAGGCUGUGUGUGUGUGUGCGGGAGGUAUUUUUAAUUGGUUACUUUAAUGUUCUCCAGCACCCCGUAAAACCCAGCUCUUUCCUCUCCAGCUGGCACACCCACAGUGGGGUCCGGUUGGCUUGACGUAGGCUGAGGUUUCCUGCAGGCCCAGACCCACCUGAUUGCUGCCUAGCUACUUGGAUGUAGACAAAGAAGACGAGGAGGCAUAUUUGACCAGGGCCUCUCUCAAUUUCACUAUUACACCUAAAGAUGUGGAGUAAAGCUUCUCUUCUCCCGAAAGUCACUUUUAAAGAAGCAGAGAGAGAAUGGUCAGUGAUUUCUUACUAAACUACACAAGCCGCAGCUAAGGCUGUGGUUACAGUACGUAGGUUAGGUGUGGAUGACACACACACAAACACACACACACAGGUUUUCCCUCCGUCUCUGUGUGUUGACAUGAACAGGGUUGAAGGGACGUUCACUGCUGUCAGGAAUGUUCUGCUUUCUUGUUGUCUUUCUGCAAGGAUCUAUUUCCUAGUGAAAGGCAUUUUUCUAUAUCCACAAACCGUCUUGAGUAGGCGUGCUGAUCUAGGAUCAGUUUUGCCGAUUAGAUCCCAAUGAAUAAGAUUACAUGGAUGGGGGGGGGGGACCUGAUCCUAGAUCAGCACUCCUGCUCUGAGACGCUUUAUGAAUAUGGGCCAAGAACUAUAGCCUCAUAUACAGUUCUACCCUGUGUGUGUGUGUACAUGCUGUCUGGCUGAGCAUUUUAAACCUCAAAUACCCUUGCACACACACACACACACACACACACACACACUCUGCCAUGUCUUAUCUCUGGCGUGUCGUUUCCUCUAUUCGUGGGAUUGGCUGCCCCUCUUAGGAAGUGAGUAAGGGAGGGGGCACUGCCUGGCUGCCAUGUUUGUCUUAAUCCUCCAAAUCAUGGAGAGACGGUUGGUUUAACGUUCAGCCUCUUCUACGCAGAUAAACAACUGGAAAGAGAGGAGGAGAGAGAAGAGAGGGAGAGGAGACGGAGGAAGGAAGGAAGACAAGAUAUCCAGGCUUUGCCUCAGUUUUUUAUUAAGAGACAGAAAUAGGCUAGAGAGAAUAAUUUCCACAAUGUUGCAGUUAGAGCAUGACAACUGCUCAGCUUUAACAGAUAUUCAGCACACGCUCAUUAGUUAGCUAAUAUACCUUUGGCAGUUGACUGUGAGAGCAAAGUAGGCUAGUUCCUCAAGCUACCAUUCGAAACCAGCCCAGGUUGAGGGUGGAACUUUUUAAACAAUGACUUCACUGUCAUUAAGGAGACAUUAGCACUAAAUGUGUUACGUAGGUUUGUAUAUUCCCUCACCUUAUUUCAAAAGUUAAACAUAAACAGUUGUUUCAGUUGAUGAGAUUAGCUUCACCAACAGCUCCAGGAUGACUGACAUUCCAUUCAGCUGACGACAGGCUGAGAAAUAACUGGCACACACACACACACUUGUGUGCUUUCCACGUUUGUUUUUACUCAAAUGCAGGCCUGUGAUUCGUCAGUGCAUAGUAGGAAUGUCGACUGUGGUUGUAACAGUUCACUUACCAUAACCCGGGGGUUCCCAAACUUUUUUGGCACAAGACCCCAUUUUGCGACCUCAGCAUAUAUAAAAAAUAAAAUAAAAAGUGAUGUAAUCAAAGGCCAUUGUUUACGUUUUUAAUUGGAGCUAUGACUGUCUAUUACAAAUCUGUCUGACAGUACUUUUGACCGUAUUUCAAUCUGAAGGAAGUAUGGUUUGAAGUGACUGAAAUGCAUCAGAAAGGGAAGUUCAGAAGAUCAUCAGACAAUAAUUUUCAAUGAUAUUCUGUGUAAAGAACAUCAUCAUUGAUGUUCUUUUUCCCACAGUCUGAUUUUGUGCCUGGUCUUGUCCAUGCUGUCCUGUGCGGCUUGAGGGAAACAGUCUUAUCUUUCAGUGAUGGGGUCAUAAUAUUUUGUAGCUUAAACCGUUCAAAUGAUAGAGCCACGUGUAGGAAGAAAACAGAAACCAAUCUGUUUAUUACAACCGCAUAUAGCGGCUACUGGUUCUAUGAACCAAGCUUGAAUUUGAUUUUUUUAUUUCUGAUUUCUCGCUCACAACCCCCAUUUUCAAAUCAGGUGACCCCACACACCCCUAGUUUGGUAAACGCUGCCAUAAGCUGAUUAUUAUUUUCACAGCCAAUGUUUUUUAACGGUUCAAUUUCAAGUGCCUCCAACCACAGCUCAAUACACAUGAAAGCUAUUGAUUUGCAUCUCUUCGGUACGACGCACUCUAGGAGGUUGCGUCUGUCAAAUACCACAAAUUACUACAACCAUGCCUGCCUACCACACAUGACUAUACUAUGUCCAUAUUGUUCCAUUACUUUCUCAUGGAUGUCACUGUCACUGAAUGUCAUAAUAUGAAUGCCUGCAUGUCAUCCCUUCUCCCUGUCUGAGGUGCUUGGAGCUUUAGCUUUGUUUUACCUCGGCUAUAGAUGUGCAGGGAUCGGCUAACUAGCCCUCCAUGUUGGCUUCAAACUUCCCAUGAUAAUAACAUCCUACUCUGCAUUCUAACUCCGAUCCAAUUGUCUGGGAAUAUUUGGAGCCAAAAUGGCACCCAUUUAAUUAUCAAACUUAAACUGAGUUUGCCGAAACUGUACAGUAUAUCCAUGGCUCAACAUUUAACAUUGUACAUGAUGAACCCUCAGUGUCCUCACAUGCAGGUGCUGUGACUUAACUAACCCUGUGUGCUCACUAACCAACCCAGUUUUGCUCACAUCUGUCAUUGUCUUGUUCCAUCCAUCCAUGUCUUCCUUCCAUUCUCCACCACCUCUCCACAUCGACCCCUCAUCCCUUCCCUCAACCCAGCCAUCCGAGCCCCUCUGGACCUGGAUGACAAACCCAAACCUCGUUCGAACUCCCACUCGCCCGAGUCGGAUCCCCUUACCCCGGGCUCACGACGCGACCUCUCCCCUGAGUACGGUUCUUUUGAGCCUAGCAGGACCAGAUACCCCCGAUAUGACCCUGUAGAGCCUAGCACCAGUGGUAGUUCCAGAUACCCCGAGCCCCAUUUAGAGAGUAGGGGAGAGGGUAGCAGGAGCAAGCAUGGAGACCCAUACCCCGAGGACCACCUCUCCAAUAGCAGGGGGAAACAUGGGGGCAGGUACCCAGACUACCACCACCCCACCGAGGGUAGAAGUAGAGGGAAGGGGGGCCAGAGGAGCCGAGACCCCCAGGGGUCCCAGUCCACCUUCUACCAAGACAGCCAUGAUCCCAGGAGACACAGAGGGGAGGAGGGGGAGAGGGUGGUGAGGAGGAAGGAGAGGCCCAUCCGGCCUCCCCCGCCGUCCCACAACCCUGUGGAGAGAGACAAGGCCUGGGAGAGAGCGAGGGAGAAAGAAAGAGAGUGGGAGAAAGACAGGCAAAGAGAACCCAGGAGAAACAAGGAGAGGGAGAGCGACGCCCCGAGACACGAGGAGAGAUCGAGAGACGGACAGAGACACGGGCAGCGAUCGCGAGACCGAGAGCAUAGCCGAGACAAACACAGAGAAAAAGACAGACACCGAGAAAGAACCAAGAGCAGGGAGCGAGGUCUGGAUGAAGACUAUGACGAGCCCAUCCCCAGUAGCCACAGCCGGGCCUGGACUGUUGGUGGGGAGGAGGCCCCUGGCCCUGGGGAUGAUGGGAAGUGGGGGCCCAUGGCCAGGCUCUACUCUGGCCCCAGUGAGCUGUGUGAGGAGGAGGCCAGAAGGAGCCCCCGCCCCGGCGGGAUGGGGAGAGAAAGGGGGGAGAGGAGAGGUCAUAGGGAACCUGGGGAGGGGCCCAGCAUGGGCACGGAGCGCUCCUACACGCACCCCGCUCCCAGGGAGCCAGGUACGGCACAGCGCCGGGCCCAUGGUCGACUUUGUGUGUGUGUGCAGCCUUGAUUCGCCCAUUGCUGGGAGCUGCUGGUGGUGGUUUUGGCUCCCUAACACAAUAAUUAUUAAUCAUACACUUAUCUUCCUCUUCAUCUUCUUCCUCUCUCCUUGGUGUGGCGGCUUUCACUCCUUCCAAUAUCUGAUUAUCAUAAUGGUGAUGAUUCCACUGUAGUUCACAAUAAAAGUCCCUGAUUCACAAUAAAAUUCCCAUGGUGGGAAACAGGCCUCUGAUGUGAAUCAGUUGAAUCAGCGGCUGGUGUUAAUCAUGUGUGGGGUUGAUGGCUGAAUCUAGGGAGUUGUUGUGAUUUGAGCUCAAUGGAUCCAGUUACAUCGGGAAACGCAACAUGACAGAUGGUCCAGAUAGAAAUGGACUGUGUAGAACAGAUAUGAUUCCAUUAUUUGUCAGCUCGUAUACAUUACAUUUCUGUCUGGAACCUUCUUAGCAUUGCACUCCAAUUCUAGUCCUCAAGGGCUUCCGUGGGUGUGCAGUGUUUUCUCUAUCCCUGUGUAGCCCUACUCACCACAACUGAUCAAGUACUGGCAUUGAUUUGCCAUCGAUUUGUCCAGACAUAUAUUUACUAUCUCAGACCGUAAAUCAGACAUUGAUUAAAAUGCCAGUGACUUAAUCUAGUAGACACUGCACUACAGCCCUGGAGGAAUCAGAGUUGGGGAUACUGUAGUUAUAUCAUCAACUCUACAUAGAUCUGUAAUAACUUGUAUGUGGCGCCCCCUGCAGGUCGUAUCGUGCAAGGAGGACCAGGGGGUCGUGGAGCGGUGGUAGUAGGAGGGGAGUACGGGAUGGGCGAGGCCACCCAGGGCAUCGCCAAGCUGGACCUGAGGGAGCAGGAGAUCCUGGACAUGGAGGUGGCCCGGAAACUACAGGAGGAGGAAGUCAAGGUGAGAGGACUGGUCAGCGAGUGAAUGACACCCUACAUUUUAAAACACCCUUAUUAUGAGAUCAUAACAUCCAUAUUACAUCUUUGUACUGUAAUACUCCCUCUCAACAUUCAGUUAGCCUCUGCCAUAGCCCCCUAUUUUAGAUGCAUUUAGUUACAGCAGCAUCAUAGAUACAUUUAUAGCUUUCAUUAUGCAAUAUUUUUGGGGUUCAUUGUCAAUUUAACUUCAGGAACUUAACAACAGAAUGUAGAUAUUGGUGAUAUGCUGACUAGUGUGAACAGUGGAAGCUACAUUCAGUAGACCUCAGAUUUGUAUUGUGCUGUGUAGCGUCAGAUGUCUUAGAAGUCUUUGAGAAAGGCUCCGUCUCAACAUGGUCACCUCCUAUGUUGUCAUGAUAGAGCCUAGGGACAAUAAUGUUCUGUGACUCAAACUUGGUUUCUAAUUGUUUUUCGGUUCCAGGCAAGCAAGAUGGACAAGCGCGCAGCCCAAGUGGCUCAGGAUGAGGUAAGUUGGAGGCGGCCACUUCUCUCAGUCUGGAAACUUCUGUCUUUACUGACUGACGUGUCACUCCAACUCUCUCUCUCUCUCUCUCUCUCUCUCGCCCUGUCUCUCUCUCUCUCUCUCUCUCUCGCCCUGUCUCUCUCUCUCUCUCGCCCUGUCUCUCAUGGUCAUUGAAGUCUCAACUUUCACCACAUCAAUAAAGCCAGCUAUUGAGUGUGACAGUGGUUUACCUUUGUUAAAUAAAUGUCCCUUGGUCCAUUUAUUCUCUUUGGUCAGUGUUAACCUGGGGUUAUCACAUCCCACCACAUCAUGGAUUAUAUCACCUAUUAGUGUAUACAUAUCACAUAUCAGUGUAUACUGCCAGAUGCAAGAUGAAGCAGCACUAUGUGCCUGAAAGGUUCAAUCUGGGAUUGGAAAAACAAGUGGUCACCCAGCCACUUGUUUAGGUAAACCGCUGAGGGAUGGGGCUGGAGAAAUGUUACCACUCUCAAAUUCAUUGGCACAAGGAGUGUGUCUGUUUGUACUAGAACUGUAUAGUAACCAGGUUGUAUUGGUGUUGUCAGGAGAUAGCCCGGCUGCUGAUGGAGCAGGAGAAGAUGGAGUACAAGAAGUCCAGAGAGAAGGAGAAGCAGGGGAUGAGGCUGGAAGAGAGGAGGCCAGAGGGAGGAGACUUCAAGGUGACUCUCCCUCUCUCAUCGAUGAGAUGACUUUAUGAUUAAUAACACUUUAUGAUUUUAGCACUACAUGUACAGUAUUUUGAUAGUCAUCAAGAUGGUAUUUGUGUUCCAUACUGUAAUGUUUGUCCCUCGUAGGGAUGCAUUUAUUUUAACUGUUGUGCUGAUAUGAACAGUUUAGGGUGCCUGUUUUUGUCAACUUGUUGAUAAUGGAUUCCAGACCACAGAUGGUGUUUUCCUGUCUGUCUUUCUGUAUGUGUGUUCCAGCCAAGCUCAGAGGAGGUAGUGCGUCCCAGGUCACGAGAGGAGGAAUACCAGAGGCCCAGGAACCACCAAAAGGCUGCCAGGUACUUGUCUCACUCUAUUAGCUACAACAAUGUAGAACGCCUUACCUCACUCUAUUAAAUCAAAUCAAAUCAAAUCAAAUUUUAUUGGUCACAUGCGCCGAAUACAACAGGUGCAGACAUUACAGUGAAAUCUUACUUACAGCCCUUAACCAACAGUGCUUUUAUUUUUAACAAAAAAAGUAAAAAUAAAACAACAACAAAAAAAGUGUUGAGAAAAAAAGAGCAGAAGUAAAAUAAAAUAACAGUAGGGAGGCUAUAUAUACAGGGGGGUACCGGUGCAGAGUCAAUGUGCGGGGGCACCGGCUAGUUGAGAUAGUUGAAGUAAUAUGUACAUGUGGGUAGAGUUAAAGUGACUAUGCAUAAAUAAUUAACAGAGUAGCAGCAGCGUAAAAAGGAUGGGGUGGGGGGGCAGUGCAAAUAGUCCGGGUAGCCAUGAUUAGCUGUUCAGGAGUCUUAUGGCUUGGGGGUAGAAGCUGUUGAGAAGUCUUUUGGACCUAGACUUGGCACUCCGGUACCGCUUGCCGUGCGGUAGCAGGGAGAACAGUCUAUGACUAGGGUGGCUGGAGUCUUUGACAAUUUUGAGGGCCUUCCUCUGACACCGCCUGGUAUAGAGGUCCUGGAUGGCAGGAAGCUUGGCCCCAGUGAUGUACUGGGCCGUACGCACUACCCUCUGUAGUGCCUUGCGGUCGGAGGCCAAGCAGUUGCCAUACCAGGCGGUGAUGCAACCAGUCAGGAUGCUCUCGAUGGUGCAGCUGUAUAAUUUUUUGAGGAUCUGAGGACCCAUGCCAAAUCUUUUCAGUCUCCUGAGGGGGAAUAGGCUUUGUCGUGCCCUCUUCACGACUGUCUUGGUGUGUUUGGACCAUGAUAGUUCGUUGGUGAUGUGGACACCAAGGAACUUGAAGCUCUCAACCUGUUCCACUACAGCCCCGUCGAUGAGAAUGGGGGCGUGCUCAGUCCUCUUUUUUUUCCUGUAGUCCACAAUCAUCUCCUUUGUCUUGGUCACGUUGAGGGAGAGGUUGUUGUCCUGGCACCACACGGCCAGGUCUCUGACCUCCUCCCUAUAGGCUGUCUCAUCGUUGUCGGUGAUCAGGCCUCCCACUGUUGUGUCGUCUGCAAACUUAAUGAUGGUGUUGGAGUCGUGCCUGGCCAUGCAGUCAUGGGUGAACAGAGAGUACAGGAGGGGACUGAGCACGCACCCCUGAGGGGCCCCCGUGUUGAGGAUCAGUGUGGCAGAUGUGUUGUUACCUACCCUUACCACCUGGGGGCGGCCCGUCAGGAAGUCCAGGAUCCAGUUGCAGAGGGAGGUGUUUAGUCCCAGGAUCCUUAGCUUAGUGAUGAGCUUAGAGGGCACUAUGGUGUUGAAUGCUGAGCUGUAGUCAAUGAAUAGCAUUCUCACGUAGGUGUUCCUCUUGUCCAGGUGGGAAAGGGCAGUGUGGAGUGCAAUAGAGAUUGCAUCAUCUGUGGAUCUGUUGGGGCGGUAUGCAAAUUGGAGUGGGUCUAGGGUUUCUGGGAUAAUGCUGUUGAUGUGAGCCAUGACCAGCCUUUCAAAGCACUUCAUGGCUACAGACGUCAGUGCUACGGGUCGGUAGUCAUUUAGGCAGGUUAUCUUAGAGUCCUUGGGCACGGGGACUAUGGUGGUCUGCUUGAAACAUGUUGGUAUUACAGACUCAGUCAGGGACAUGUUGAAAAUGUCAGUGAAGACACUUGCCAGUUGGUCAGCACAUGCUUGGAGUACACGUCCUGGUAAUCCGUCUGGCCCUGCGACCUUGUGAAUGUUGACCUGCUUAAAAGUCUUACUCACAUCGGCUACGGAGAGCGUGAUCACAUAGUCAUCCGGAACAGCUGGUGCUCUCAUGCAUGCUUCAAUGUUGCUUGCCUCGAAGCGAGCAUAGAAGUGGUUUAGCUCGUCUGGUAGGCUUGUGUCACUGGGCAGCUCGCGGCUGUGCUUCCCUUUGUAGUCUGUAAUAGUUUUCAAGCCCUGCCACAUCCGACGAGCGUCAGAGCCAGUGUAGUACGAUUCAAUCUUAGCCCUGUAUUGACUCUUUGCCUGUUUGAUGGUUCGUCGGAGGGCAUAGCGGGAUUUCUUAUAAGCGUCCGGGUUAGAGUCCCGUUCCUUGAAAGCGGCAGCUCUACCCUUUAGCUCAGUGCGGAUGUUUCCUGUAAUCCAUGGCUUCUGGUUGGGGUAUGUACGUACGGUCACUGUGGGGACGACAUCAUCGAUGCACUUAUUGAUGAAGCCAGUGACUGAUGUGGUGUACUCCUCAAUGCUGUCUGAAGAAUCCCGGAACAUGUUCCAGUCUGUGCUAGCAAAACAGUCCUGUAGCUUAGCAUCUGCGUCAUCUGACCACUUUUUUAUUAACCGAGUCACUGGUGCUUCCUGCUUUAGUUUUUGCUUAUAAGCAGGAAUCAGGAGGAUAGAGUUAUGGUCAGAUUUGCCAAAUGGAGGGCGAGGGAGAGCUUUGUAUGCGUCUCUGUGUGUGGAGUAAAGGUGGUCUAGAGUUUUUUCCUCUGGUUGCACAUUUAACAUGCUGGUAGAAAUUAGGGAGAACGGAUUUAAGUUUCCCUGCAUUAAAGUCCCCGGCCACUAGGAGCGCUGCAUCUGGAUGAGCGUUUUCCUGUUGAUUUAUGGCCUUGUACAACUCAUUCAGUGCAAUCUUAAUGCCAGCAUUGGUUUGUGGUGGUAAAUAGACAGCUAUGAAAAAUAUAGAUGAAAACUCUCUUGGUAAAUAGUGUGGUCUACAGCUUAUCAUAAGAUACUCUACCUCAUGCGAGCAAAACCUCGAGACUUCCUUAGUAUUUGAUUUUGUGCACCAGCUGUUGUUUACAAAUAUACACAGACCGCCACCCCUUGUCUUACCGGAGUCAGCCGUUCUAUCCUGCCGAUGUAGUGUAUAGCCCGCUAGUUGUAUGUUAUCAUUGUCGUCGUUCAGCCACGACUCGGUGAAACAUAGGAUAUUACAGUUUUUAAUGUCCCGUUGGUAGGAUAACCGUAAUCUUAGGUCAUCCAAUUUGUUAUCCAAUGAUUGAAGAUUGGCUAAUAGGAUUGAUGGAAGAGGCAGUUUACUCGCUCGCCGUCGGAUCCUUACAAGGCACCCCGAUCUACGUCCACGAUAUCUCCGUCUCUUCCUCACGCGAAUGACGGGGAUUUGGGCCUUGUCGGGUGUCUGUAUGAUAUCCUUCGCGGCCGCCUCGUUGAAGAAAAAAUCUUCGUCCAAUACGAGGUGAGUAAUCGCUGUCCUGAUAUCCAGAAGCUCUUUUUGGUUAUAAGAGACGAUGGCAGAAACAUUAUGUACAAAAUAAAUUACAAAUAACGCGGAAAAACACACAUAAUAGUGGUUAGAGGGCUGUAAAACGGCAGCCAUCUUCUCCGGCGCUGUUCAGGUAUUAGGUACAACAAUGUAGAACACCUUAUUACAACAUUGUAACUCCCCAUAUGUGUGUGUAUGUAUGAAUAUAUGUAUGUGUUUACAAAAAAUAUAUAUAUACAGUUGAAGUCGGAAGUUUACAUACACCUUAGCCAACUACAUUUAAACUCAGUUUUUCACUAUUCUUGACAUUUAAUCCUAGUAAAAAUUCCCUGUCUUAGGUCAUUUAGGAUCACCACUUUAUUUUAAGAAUGUGAAAUAUCAGAAUAAUAGUAGAGAGAAUGAUUUAUUUAAGCUUUUAUUUCUUUCAUCACAUUCCCAGUGGGUCAUAAGUUUACAUACACUCAAUUAGUAUUUGGUAGCAUUGUUUAACUUGGGUCAAACGUUUCGGGUAGCCUUCCACAAGCUUCCCACAAUAAGUUGGAUGAAUUUUGGCCUAUUCCUCCUGACAGAGCUUGUGUAACUGAGUCAGGUUUGUAGGCCUCCUUGCUCGCACACACUUUUUCAGUUCUGCCCACAAAUGUUCUAUAGGAUUGAGGUCAGGGCUUUGUGAUGGCCACUCCAAUACCUUGACAUUGUUGUCCUUAAGACAUUUUGCCACAACUUUGGAAGUAUGCUUGGGGUCAUUGUCCAUUUGGAAGACCCAUUUGCGACCAAGCUUUAAUUACCUGACUGAUGUCUUGAGAUGUUGCUUUAAUAUAUCCACAUACUUUUCCUUCCUCAUGAUGCCAUCUAUUUUGUGAAGUGUACCAGUCCCUCCUGCAGCAAAGCACCCCCACAGCAUGAUGCUGCCACCCGCGUGCUUCACGGUUGGGAUGGUGUUCUUUGGCUUGCAAGCGCCCCCUUUUUCCUCCAAACAUAACGAUGGUCAUUAUGGCCAAACAGUUCUAUUUUUGUUUCAUCAGACCAGAGGACAUUUCUCCAAAAAGUGCGAUCUUUGUCCCCAUGUGCAGUUGCAAACCGUAGUCUGGCUUUUUUAUGGCGGUUUUGAAGCAGUGGCUUCUUCCUUGCUGAGCGGCCUUUCAGGUUAUGCUGAUAUAGGACUAAUUUUACUGUGGAUAUAUAUACUUUUGUACCUGUUUCCUCCAUCUUCACAAGGUCCUUUGCUGUUGUUCUGGGAUUGAUUUGUACUUUUUGCACCAAAGUACAUUCAUCUCAAGGAGACAAAUCGCAUCUCCUUUCUGAGCGGUAUGACGGCUCCGUGGUUCCAUGGUGUUUAUACGUGCGUACUAUUGUUUGUACAGAUGAACAUGGUACCUUCAGGGGUUUGGAAAUUGCUCCCAAGGAUGAACCAGACUUGUGGAGGUCUACAUUUUUUUUUCUGAGGUCUUGGCUGAUUUCUUUUGAUUUUCCCAUGAUGUCAAGCAAAGAGGCACUGAAUGUGAAGAUAGGCCUUCAAAUACAUCCACAGGUACACCUCCAAAUGACUCAAAUGAUGUCAAUUAGCCUAUCAGAAGCUUCUAAAGCCAUGACAUCAUUUUCUGGAAUUUUCCAAGCUGUUUAAAGGCACAGUCAACUUAGUGUAUGUAAACUUUUGACCAACUGGAAUUGUGAUACAGUGAAUUAUAAGUGAAAUAAUCUGUCUGUAAACAAUUGUCGGACAAAUUACUUGUCAUGCACAAAGCUGUCAUCAAGGCAAAGGGUGGCUACUUUGAGAAUAUAAAAUAUAAAAUAUAUUUUGAUUUGUUUAACAAUUUUUUGGUUACUACAUGAUUCCAUAUGUGUUAUUUCAUAGUAAAAAUAAAGAAAAACCCUGGAAUGAGUAGGUGUGUCCAAACUUUUGACUGGUUCUGUAUAUAUAUAUAUAUAUAUAUAUAUAUAUAUAUAUAUAUAUAUAUAUAUAUAUAUAUAUAUAUAUAUAUAUAUAUAUAUAUAUAUAUAUAUAUAUAUAUAUGGGGGAUUAGAAAAGGAUGCAGACAAUUACAUUGAUUGGAAAUGAUGCAUACAAUUACAUUGAUGGAAGCUACAAUCUAUCUGCAAUAUUAAAGCUGAUCUAACCCUCCCUCACCCCCCAAAAAUAAAAUAAUAGUAAUAAUAACAUUAACACCCCUUAUUACAACAUUGCAACGCCUAUAAUUACAACAUUAAUACAACCUUAUUACAACAUUGUAACACCCCUUAUUACAUUAGAAACAACCUUAUUAUAGCAAUAUAAUGCCCUUCUUUCUCUCUCGCUUUCUCUCCCCUCUCUCUCAGGCCUCCUCAACCUCAUCCACAUGACUAUGAGAAUGUGGAGACCAGCUACAGGUACUCAGAGAGCCACUACUCUUCCCGCGCUCCAGCCAGACCUGAGGCUGCUUACAAAGGUCAGUCCAGCUACUGGAGGCCCAGGCUCUGUUUGGGCCUUAACUUACAUUACCUGACUAAAUCAGUGUGUGCAUUGAGUGCCGUGUUAGACGGUUCAAUAGGACUCCUAUUGUCACGUGAUCGUUUUAGUGCAGAUGUAACAUCUUUCCAAUGCAGUCAACUAUCCAGCAUACCACAUUGUUGACAAACGCUAAAUGGAUUAGUUAAUUUCUUAAGAGAUCUCCCACUGUUUUGGAUACUCUACCAUAUACACACACAUACAGUUGUGGUUACAGUGAAAAGUCUUAAGUGUAUGUCUGCUCUCUCUCUCUCUCUGUCUCUUCCAGGUACCUAUUACAGGCAGUGACCCUGGCUUCCUAAAUUAUCCAUCUGUGACUUUGUUGUUCCUUUUUUCUUUUUUUUACUCGUCGUUGCUGUAUUUGUAAAAACUCUGAAGACUUUAUAUUGACCAAGAGCCUUGGGACAAUGUACCUAGUCGUUGGCGGUGUGAUUCUCCAACAUGCUCAGUUGGCCGAGAGUUCGGGAAGCGUGCGGCUGAGAGCGGAAACCCAAACGCUUUCAUCAUCUAUUCCUUUUAUUAUUUGUUCUUUCUUUUAAUUGGUGCGACAGCCAAGACAACCCAAAGGAGAUACUUUGUGAUAUUCUACUCCUGCUGGCUUUUAGCUGUUGAGGAGGAGUAGGAUGAUGAUGAUUGAUGGUGGUGAUGAAGAUGAAAAAAAGAUAUGAAAGCGUUUCUGUUCUGCUGUAGUCGUCGUUUGCUGGUGUUUCCGUCCGUCUGUGGAUCAUGCUCAUCAUGGUGAAUCAAGCCUUUGCUGGAUAUACUGUAUAACUGUGCAAUCUCCGUCUAUCUAUCGCUGUCUAUGGAAUGUGCCUGUAUUUGGAGCCGAAAUGGCCGCCAUUGUACGUCUUUGAGUCAAGAUGGCUGCUGAAGCUUGUUUGAUGCAAAAUGGCGGGCGCGCUGCUUUUUGCACUCCCAGGCUCCAGUUCUACAAUCCUCGUAUUGUGCUGCACAUCUAGGAUGAACAACAACAUGACAGGCCCAGUCAUAUAUGUGCUGCGAUGCAUAUAAUAAUCCUUUUGAGAGACCCAUUUUUAGCAUUUUAUUCACAGAAAAUAAGAAAACCUACUAUAUCAGGAUGCUGGGUUUUUGGCUUUGUGUUUAAUGCUUUCCAGUCCAGAAGCGGAUGGUGAUCAUAUGUGGACUUCUGACUUGUUGCUGGCUGUAAGCUGUUUCCAUAUGCGUGUAUUUUUCCUGUGUCUUUCUAAGGGGCUGGUGUAUUUCCCUACUUGGAAUAAGGACUUGGAGGUGGAAGUGGAGUUUUAUGGGACAUACUGCUAUGGUUCAGUGUUUCUAGGUGCAUGCUUACUGAAAGUGUACUCUCCUGUGUGUUGCAUUUCUAUUCUCUCUGAGAAACUCUUUGACACUCCGUUAGUCAACGAGAGCCCAAGCCACCGCAAAC